AUGGAUUUGUGGACCGUUUUGGGCUACAAGCAAACGCCCCUGCGGAGUGCGAACUGGGUGUACCUUUUCGUGCUGAACGUGUGGAAUUACCUGAAAACCCUCCUCAUUGCCUACCACGACGAGCAGCCCCCGUGCCCGGCGCCGAGACGUCUCCCCAACACCGCACCAAGCCAACCCAAGCCAUCCAUGGCGUCCAUCGUUGCGCAGGAGUCCAGCGAUUUGCGUCUGGCGCUGCCAGUCGAGAAAGUGUCUCCUUCUCCUUUCCCCUCGCCAGGUUCGCCAUUCUACCCGCCGCCGCGUCUUGGCGCACACGAGUUCGCAUCGCGCCCAUCGUCCUCCUCGUCGACCAAGAGUAUCGCGCGGGGCGUGAACGACAUGGCACUUACGAACGGAGAGUCGACGCCUACGACCGCCUCGAUACCACAGCCUGCCCUUUCAGUGGGCACGAGCCUCCCUUCACCCGCAACACCCACCCCAAACAACGCCUUCCAGCUGAAGACACCGACCACACAAAUCACCGUGCCAGAUCCACCGUCCGACGCUGACUCAGCCCCGGUCCCGCUCGUCGCAUCCGCUCUCACGAGCCAGAACCGCGAUUCCCUCACCUCCUCCCGCCCUGCACCACCAAGCCCAGCCGCCUCGCGACGCACGUCCGCUGCACUCUCCCGCCACUCCUCGACAGUGCGCUCAAACCGUCAGUCAAAGUCUUCCCUCCUGCAGACCGCACACGAGCCCGAGGCGUCCUCGUCCUCCACGACGACCGUAACGCCGACUGCGCAGCCGAAGCGCUGCUCCCUGCUCUUCAAGAUCCGCGACUUCGCGUACGACCCCGCCGACGAUCGCCAUUUCGGACGCGGCCCGGACGUCCCGCGAGCGAACCGACCCCGCCAGCGCUGGUCGACGUACUCGACCGCGUCUUCUUCCUCGGCAGCGUCUUCCCGCGCAGAUGGAGAUGACGAGGACACGGGCGAGGACGCGCGGGGAAGCUGGGGCGCCUACCGCUGGAACACCCUGAGCACGCACUUCAGCUGGGGAGAGGGUCAGGGCCCGGCAGACGCUGCCGAAGCACCGUCAAAGACGGACUUCGAGCGCAACUUUGAUGUGUCCUCGCCCACGGACGAGUCGGGGAACCCGUACCAGGAAGAGGAGUUCGAAGACGCGUACGAGGGAGAAGGGGAGGGCGACGCGGACGACGGGCCCUUAGCACCCGGGCUAUAUCGCGCGUUGUACGCGUUUGAGCCGGAGGGCACGGCGGAGAUGGCGUUGGAGGAGGAACAGAUCGUGCACGUCCUCGGACGGGGCGGCGGAGUGGGCUGGGCGAUCGUCGAAAGAGAGGGCAGCGGGCACGCGCUCGUGCCCGAAAGUUAUCUGGAGCUCAUGGAGGCGGACUGAGGGGCAGAAGCGGUGAGCACCAUGUUGUUAUACCUAUAAGUUUGUGUACUUGGACCGCGCGGGCGUGGCGACUGUACCACCAUCACCCCUCCGCCCGCUCGUCCGCUCCCGCCUUUUAUGCGUUCUGCUGUUGUUGUUGGUACCCCGCUUCUGCUUCCGCAUCAUGCAUCACGAUCAUGACCGCACGUCCCAUUGUAAUUACCUGGUAGAUGUUCCUCGAGCACAUAUCUAUGCUGUUCAUACCCC